CGGAAGUGUGUGGAACCAGAAUCCAAAAGGGCUACUCGCCAUUUACGAUCCAUUUUGUCUUCUUUCAACAAAGAUCGAUGGAAAAAGAGCCUGCUCUGGAAACUCGCUGCUCUACUGAUCUUCAAGACAAAUGGAUUGAGAUCCAAGAUUCACUCAAGAAAAAGAUGAAAAUAGAAGAUGAUUUCAAUUGGAAAAUACCCACAACUGAAGUACAAAAUCUUGAAGAAAAAACAGAAAAUUCAGAUUCCUGUGGUGCAAUCCUGAAGUACGUGGGCGGAGUUGACUUGAGCUUUUCAAAAGCCGAUCCAUCUAUUGCAUGCGCCACCCUUGUGGUUUUGGACCUCAAUACUCUUCAAGUUGUAUAUGAAGAUUUUUCCAUUGUUAAGCUGCAUACUCCGUAUAUACCUGGUUUCUUGGCCUUCAGAGAGGCCCCAGUUCUUCUAGAACUUCUCGAGAAAAUGAAGAAGGGAUCUCUUCCAUUCUAUUCUCAGAUAUUGAUGGUUGACGGCAACGGAAUACUUCAUCCUCGAGGCAUGGGAUUAGCUUGUCAUCUUGGUGUUCUAGCUAAUAUUCCUACUGUUGGGAUAGGAAAGAAUUUACACCAUGUUGAUGGUCUAAACCAAUCUAGAGUGAGACAACUUCUUGCAGGUGAGGGAAACUCGUCUAAAGAUGUCUUCACUUUGAUUGGGGACUCAGGGUCUACUUUAGGAGCGGCAAUGAGAUCAACUCAAGACGCCUCGAAACCCAUAUUUAUUUCGGUUGGUCAUCGUGUGUCUCUUACCAGUGCCAUCAAGAUUGUGAAAUUGAGUUGCAGAUUUCGUGUCCCGGAGCCCAUCAGGCAGGCUGAUAUUAGAUCCAAAGCUUGCCUUCGAAAGCAUGGCUUAAGCUAGCUUGAUCGUGGACCUGUCUACAGUGGCACCUUCAGGAGAAGUGUCUCCAAUACAUUUGUCUUACACAGUAUAUAACCUGGUAUUUUUUAAUUUGUAGAUUAAAUUUAAUUUGUCGAUAUUUUCAAAAAUUUGUUCUGUAUUCAAUAGUAUUCAUAAAGAAAAAGUUAAAAUCUUAUCUA